CAGGAAGAAGUGCUGAAGUGGCUCUGGAAGAGGGAUUUGCCAAGAGAUGCUCAGAAAAGACAUACAUCUGAAAUGCUGCUUCCCUCCCCUGUCCCUUUUGCUUCCUGUGUUUGCCCUGAAAAGAGCCAUCAAGUCCAGCAGCCAGUGGGGUCUGGGGACUUGUUGCUGCAGCCCAUGCCCACAAGGAAUUGGAGAAAGGGCCUUCCAGGGUCCGGAAGCACUCACCAUCAACCCCAGGCCUCUCCCGCCAAGCACAGAGCCCCAAACAGCCAGCUCCCCACAACCAUGAUGCAGCCCAGGCUCUCUCCCCGCCCCCGUGCCCAGCUUCCCCCCACUGUGGCCGCGGCCCCUCCCCGCCAAAGGAAGUGAGAGGGGGGGCUGUUGUAAGAGGAACUAGGGCUGGGAGUUGGGUGAAGGAGCAGGGCCAUGCCCCAGCCACCCCCCGGAGCUCCUUGAGCCUGUACCCCGACUACGACCCAACGGUUGCCCCACCCCUUGGGGGACCAGGUGCCAAACUCCAACAUGGGCAGCAAGGAGCGGUUCCACUGGCAGAGCCACAACGUGAAGCAGAGUGGCGUGGACGACAUGGUGUUGCUGCCGCAGAUCACCGAGGAUGCCAUCGUGGGCAACCUCCGCAAGCGUUUCAUGGAUGACUACAUAUUUACCUACAUUGGUUCUGUGCUCAUCUCCGUGAACCCCUUCAAGCAGAUGCCCUACUUCACUGACCGCGAGAUCGAUCUCUACCAGGGCGCGGCCCAGUACGAGAAUCCCCCGCACAUCUACGCCCUCACAGACAACAUGUACCGGAACAUGCUCAUCGACUGUGAGAACCAGUGUGUCAUCAUCAGCGGAGAAAGUGGUGCUGGGAAGACAGUGGCAGCUAAAUACAUCAUGGGCUACAUCUCCAAGGUUUCCGGAGGGGGCGAGAAGGUUCAGCACGUCAAGGAUAUUAUCCUGCAAUCAAACCCGCUGCUAGAGGCCUUCGGCAACGCCAAGACUGUACGCAACAACAAUUCCAGCCGCUUUGGCAAGUACUUUGAGAUCCAGUUCAGCCGUGGCGGGGAGCCAGAUGGGGGCAAGAUCUCCAAUUUCCUGCUGGAGAAGUCCCGCGUGGUCAUGCAGAACGAAAAUGAGAGGAACUUCCACAUCUACUACCAGCUGCUGGAAGGGGCCUCCCAGGAGCAGCGCCAGAACCUGGGUCUCAUGACCCCUGACUACUACUUCUACCUCAACCAAUCGGACACCUACAAGGUGGACGGCACUGAUGACAGAAGCGACUUCAAUGAGACUCUGGGCGCCAUGCAGGUCAUCGGGAUCCCACCCACCAUCCAGCAGUUGGUCCUGCAGCUCGUGGCGGGGAUCUUGCACCUGGGGAACAUCAGUUUCUGCGAGGAGGGGAAUUAUGCUCGGGUGGAGAGUGCGGACCUCCUGGCCUUUCCCGCCUACCUGCUGGGCAUUGACAGAGUACGGCUGCAGGAGAAACUGACCAGCCGCAAGAUGGACAGCCGCUGGGGCGGGCGCAGCGAGUCCAUCGAUGUGACGCUCAAUGUGGAGCAGGCGGCCUACACCCGCGAUGCCCUGGCCAAGGGGCUCUACUCCCGCCUCUUCGACUUCCUUGUGGAGGCCAUCAACCGCGCCAUGCAGAAGCCGCAGGAGGAAUACAGCAUUGGCGUGCUCGACAUCUAUGGCUUCGAGAUCUUCCAGAAAAACGGCUUCGAGCAGUUCUGCAUCAACUUCGUCAAUGAGAAGCUGCAGCAGAUCUUCAUCGAGCUCACCCUGAAGGCUGAGCAGGAGGAGUACGUCCAGGAGGGCAUCCGCUGGAACCCCAUCCAGUACUUCAACAACAAAGUCGUCUGCGACCUCAUCGAAAACAAGCUGAGCCCCCCGGGAAUCAUGAGCGUGCUGGACGACGUGUGCGCCACCAUGCAUGCCACCGGCGGCGGCGCCGACCAGACGCUUCUGCAGAAGCUGCAGGCGGCCGUGGGCAACCACGAGCACUUCAACAGCUGGAGUGCCGGCUUCGUUAUCCACCACUACGCCGGCAAGGUCUCCUACAACGUCAGCGGCUUCUGCGAGAGGAACCGGGAUGUGCUCUUCUCUGACCUCAUAGAACUGAUGCAGGCCAGUGAGCAGGCCUUCCUCCGGAUGCUCUUUCCCGAGAAGCUGGAUGUCGACAAGAAGGGCCGCCCCAGCACCGCCGGCUCCAAGAUCAAGAAACAAGCCAACGACCUGGUGACCACGCUGAAAAGGUGCACACCCCACUACAUCCGCUGCAUCAAACCCAACGAGACCAAGAGGCCGCGAGACUGGGAGGAGAGCAGGGUCAAGCACCAGGUGGAAUACCUGGGCCUGAAGGAGAACAUCCGGGUGCGCAGGGCGGGAUUUGCCUACCGCCGGCAGUUCUCCAAGUUCCUGCAGAGAUAUGCCAUCCUGACCCCCGAGACAUGGCCGCGGUGGCGUGGGGACGAGCGCCAGGGGGUCCAGCACCUUCUUCGGGCAGUCAAUAUGGAUCCUGACCAGUACCAGAUGGGGAGCACCAAGGUCUUUGUCAAGAACCCCGAGUCGCUGUUCCUCCUGGAGGAGAUGCGAGAGCGCAAGUUCGACGGCUUUGCCCGCACCAUCCAGAAGGCCUGGCGGCGCCACGUGGCAGUACGAAAAUAUGAGGAGAUGCGGGAGGAAGCCUCCAACAUCCUGCUCAACAAGAAGGAGCGGCGGCGGAACAGCAUCAACCGCAACUUCGUCGGGGACUACCUGGGGCUGGAAGAGAGGCCAGAACUGCGGCAGUUCCUGGGCAAGAGGGAACGCGUGGACUUCGCAGAUUCCGUCACCAAGUAUGACCGCCGCUUCAAGCCCAUCAAGCGGGACCUGAUCCUGACACCCAAAUUUGUGUAUGUUAUCGGGCGGGAGAAGGUGAAGAAGGGGCCUGAGAAGGGCCAGGUGCGGGAGGUCCUGAAGAAGAAGCUGGAACUCCAGGCCCUGCGGGGAGUCUCCCUCAGUUCUCCACCACCCUCACCUGAAUGCCUCACCUGUCACUCUCACUGCCUUUCCUCCCGCCCCUCGCCCAGCACGCGGCAGGACGACUUCUUCAUCCUCCAAGAGGAGGCCUCGGACAGCUUCCUGGAGAGCAUCUUCAAGACCGAGCUCGUCAGCCUCCUGUGCAAACGCUACGAGGAGGCGGCGCGGCGGCCCCUGCCGCUUACCUUCAGCGACACACUACAGUUCCGGGUGAAGAAAGAGGGCUGGGGCGGCGGCGGCACCCGCAGCGUCACCUUCUCCCGCGGCUCCGGCGACGUGGCGGUGCUCAAGGCAGGCGGCCGAGCCCUGCUGAUCACCGUGGGAGACGGGCUCCCCAAGAGCUCCAAGCCUACACGGAAGGGAAUGGCCCAGGGAAGACCUCGAAGGUCGGCCCAGGCCCCCACCCGGGCGGCUCCCGGGCCCCCUAGAGCCACAGGCCUGGACCGCAACUGGGUUCCCCCCUCUGGCAGAGGGGGUGCCCUGCCCCUGGACCUCCCAUCAGGAAGGAGCUCCCAGAGGCCUCCCCAAGGCCCACCGUCAUCAGCAUUGGGGGCCAGCAGACGCCCCCGGGCCCGGCCCCCCUCGGAGCACAGCACAGAAUUCCUCAAUGUGCCAGACCAGGGCGUGGCCGGCAUGCAGAGGAAGCGCAGCGUGGGGCAGCGACCAGUGCCCGGCGUGGGCCGGCCAAAGCCCCAGCCCCGGAUGCAUGUCCCACGGUGUCGGGCGCUGUACCAGUACGUCGGCCAGGACGUGGACGAGCUGAGCUUCAAUGUGAACGAGGUCAUCGAGAUCCUCAUGGAGGAUCCCUCAGGCUGGUGGAAAGGCCGGCUGCACGGCCAGGAGGGCCUCUUCCCGGGAAACUAUGUGGAGAAGAUCUGAGCACGGGGCCCAGGAUUCUGCAUUAACCGCCAGCCUGCCGGGGAGCCAGGCCCUGUGGGCAGGAACCUCAUUGGCAGUGGUUACAUGGGCUGGAAGGUCCAGUCCUGCAGCCUCCAGCGCAGCCGUGAGUCUGCGGGUCACUGUUGCAGCCACCCCCUGGGGGGCCUGACCUCCCCACAUCACACCCACUGCCCAAGCCUCUGUUUCCUCAUAUGUCCAGUGGGGCUAACAGCAGAACCUACCUCCCAGGUGUCUUAUGAGUACUAAAUGAGUCGUCCUAUCAGCAAAGUGCCAGGCACAGUUGGAAGGAGGGGGGUGCCAUUCAAGCUCGACUUUCCUCCUCUCAUCACUGAGGCAAUAAACAUUUGCCAGAUGAAA